ACGACGAACCCGGAAAUAAAACGUCGUUUUGAAAACCAGUGUAGGAAACACUGAUGACUGUCAUUUGUGAUGUUUUGCAAGGAUCUGUCAUAGUGCUCCUGCAGACAUAUUGGAAGACUACUAAUCGAAAUGGAUCUGGGACAUCGCUAGAAGGUGCGCUGAAGAUACAGCAGUAUAACAAUAUAGUUAACAGAGAGUUUGUGCACAACGUCAAACACUAUGUGGCUCACGGUGUACCUCGCAGUAAUUCUCUUGCUCGCGUUGUGUGUGUUCCUGGAGGUCACUGCACGGCGUCUGAUCCCUCCACAGCCAGCCACGGCGGUAGCAAACCCAGCCUUCCGCAAGUUCCAGACCCUCUUCCUGCGGGCCUACCUGCUGGCCCUGUGGGCAGACUGGCUGCAGGGCCCGUACCUCUAUAAACUGUACCGCCACUACAGCUUCCUGGAGUCUCAAAUAGCCAUUCUGUAUGUGUGUGGCUUGGGCGCCUGCAUUCUGUUUGCUCCGUUUGCUAGUUGGUUGCCUCAAGCCCUGGGCCGCAGACGGUCGUGCCUGCUCUUCUGCGUCACUUACUCAGCCUGUUGUCUCACCAAACUCUCCAGGGAUUACUUUGUUCUGAUCAUCGGCCGUGUCCUCGGAGGGCUGUCCACGUCGUUGCUCUCCACCACGUUCGAGGCCUGGUACGUCCACCGGCACACAGAGGUCCAUGAUUUCCCCAAGGAGUGGAUUCCCAUCACCUUCGCCAAAGCGGCCACCUGGAACCACGUGUUGGCGGUGGGAGCCGGGCUGGUCGCCAACCUGCUGGCCGAGUGGCUCCACCUGGGCCCCGUGGCCCCCUUCAUCCUCGCCGUUCCCUGCCUGGGGGCGUGUGGGUGGGUGGUGCUCACCGACUGGGGCAAAGAGGAAUCAGAAGGAUCCCCUGAGGGAGACAAACAAAGACCUCUCCUUGGCCCGUCGGCAUACCCUGUCCAAGCCUCUGCGGGGGCCAGGUUCUGGCAAAGCUGCCAGGAGGGCCUGCGCUGCCUGCUGUCUGACAGGAGAGUAAUGUUGCUUGGUGCGGUGCAAGCUCUGUUUGAAAGUGUGCUGUACAUCUUUGUCUUCCUCUGGACCCCAGUGCUGGACCCCCAUGACCCUCCUCUGGGGAUAGUGUUUUCCUGCUUGAUGGCCUCCAGCAUGGCGGGCUCCUUGCUGUACCGCCUGGCCACCUCCUCGCGCUACCACCUCCAGCCCAGCCACCUGCUGUGCCUGGCCGUGCUCAUGGCCUUCUUCUCCUUCUUCAUGCUGACCUUCUCCACCGCCCCGGGACAAGCCCGACCCUUCGAGUCUCUCAUCGCCUUUGUGUUGCUGGAGCUGGCGUGCGGACUCUACUUUCCCGCGGUCAGCUUCCUCCAGGCCAGGGUGAUCCCGGAGGAGAAGCGGGCCGGGGUAUUGGCGUGGUUCAGGCUCCCGCUGCACCUGCUGGCCUGCCUGGGGCUGCUGGCCCUCCACGGGGAGGUCUCUGGGACCGGAGGGGGCGAGGGAGGCAGUGGGACCAGACACAUGUUUGGGGGCUGUGCGGUGAUGAUGAUGGCCGCUCUGCUGGCCAUGGUCAGUCUUUUCACCCUGGGCAAGAAUGACACUGAGCUGAGGCUGGAAGGAACCAGAGAUGACGGGGAGUAACAUCAAUAACAACAACAACAUAAAAUUGCUGCAGACUACAUGAACAUUCAAGCUUUUUGUAUUGCCAAAGACCAAUUCAGAUGUACAAAAGUUAUUGUUGUCUUGAAGUUAAUAAUGUCACUGUGUAAUGUUUGAUAAACAACUUUCUUAACAAUAAGGAUUCUUUUUAGCUAUACUAGAACAUGUCUUUUGGGGUCCGAACAAUGAUGCUGACAACAGUAUGCAAUGAAAAUAUUGAAGAACAUUCCCUUCUAUAAUUUGCAUCGGCUUGAAAUGAUGUGAAUCAGUUCCUGUGUUAUACCUAUCAGAGUGUGUGUGUGUGUGUGUGUGUGUGUGUGUGUGUGUGUGUGUGUGUGUGUGUGUGUGUGUGUGUGUGUG